CCCUCAGUGAGAACGUAGGAAUGUUGCGACAAUGAAAUACUUUUAUUUCCUUGCUGUUCUGACUCCUCUGUUCAUGGGUCCAGAGAACUCUGUACAUUUACUGAUCUCCAGCAGUUUGGAGGACACAUCACACAAAAGCAUUGGGACAUGUUACACCUGGGGGGAAGGAGCAUUCCGGACUUUUCAGAAUGAUUUUUUCUAUUUCACAUCAAAGUGCAACUUUGUUUUGAGUCGUCAGUGUAAGGGCCUUGGAGAGGACUUUAACAUACAGAUUCGCAGAGGCUAUAAUGGCAAUCUGGAAGACAUGCACAUGAAAAUUGAAGGUGUUUCUGUUAUUAUAAAAAAUAAAACAAUUACAGUGAAAGAUAUGAUAAUACAAUUGCCCUAUGAUGACAAAAUCAUCACUGUGCAGAAAUAUGGAGUUUACACGCGCUUUUCAAACAGAAAGCAUACAAUUGCUCUGAUCUGGAAUCAGCGGAAUUCAUUGUCGGUAAUCCUGGAUGCCAAGUAUAAAAACCAAACAUGUGGCCUAUGUGGAAAUUUUCAAGAACAAAUGGGAAUCAGUUCUGAUUCUAACGAUGCCUUAUAUAACACUAUCAUUGCCAAUCAGCUGGAUGUUCUAGGCCAAGUCUGUGUUAGUGACAAGCCAACACCUUCAACAUGCACAGCAGCUAAGAGCUGCCUACCUCCCAUAUCAUUGUACUUUUCCACAUGUCUUGAUACGUUUUCCUUAACUGGAGGAUACCUGGAAUUGUGUAAAAAGGAUGUUUGUGCUCGUGGAAAUAAGCAAGAAUAUGCAUGUGACACUUUCGAAGAGCUAUCCAGGCAAUGUACAAAUCAACCUGUGACAAGUGAAUAUGAAGACCCCCUGCAGAACUUUUGGGAACAAUGGAGAUCAAAGGUUGCAUGUGUAAUCCCUAGUUGUCCUGGAAACCAACUCUACAAGGAAUGCGGCGCUCUGUGUGUACCCUCUUGCUCCGACCCAGAAACACAGCAACAAUGUGACAGAUGUGUGAAUACUUGCGAAUGCCCAAAAGGCACUGUCCUCGAUGACAUAAGAGGAUCGGGUUGGUGCAUCAAAAAAAGUGCGUGUCCUUGUGAAUAUGGUGGAAAGAUUUAUGAACCUGGACAAAUAAGAAACACUUCUUGUCAUACAUGUAUUUGUCAUAGUGGAAUGUGGAACUGUUCAGACAUCAGCUGCCCUGGAAGAUGCAAAAUUGAAGAGGGAUCUCACAUAACAACAUUUGAUAAUAAAUAUUACACAAUGAAAGGAGAUUGCUCUUACUAUGCUGUUGUUUUUUACGCAGAGACAAAUGCAUGGAAUGUAGUGAUUGAAGUGAGGCCAUGUCAAAUUGCAUUCAAAGAGACGUGUUUACAUCGUGUGGUACUCUCCAACCAACAGAGCCGUUAUACACUUACUAGUGAUGGUAGUGUUUACUCUGAUGGGAAUAAAGUUGGUCUUCCCCUUAGAACAGCUGAUAUAAUAAUAUUUCAACAGUCUUCCAUGUUCCUUCAAGUGGCAACUGCAUUUGGACUGAAAAUGCAAGUGCAAACAUCUCCCCUCAUGCAGCUUUACAUCUCACUGCCUGAAGUUUUACAAGGUCACACAAGAGGUCUAUGUGGCACCUUUAAUGACAAUGCAAAUGAUGACUUCUUAUCUGCAUAUAACAUUGUGGAAAAUGCCCCUCUUACUUUUGCUAAUUCUUGGGCCGUUGAAAACAACUGCCCUCCGCCGAUCACACCUGACCCAUGCAUUAGUUUGGAAAAUGAACACUAUGCCGAACAGCACUGUUCCCUUCUCAAAAAUCCAGCAGGUGCCUUCUCAGUAUGUCACUCCACAGUGGAUUACAUGAAUUACUACCAGAUGUGUGUGGCUGCUACCUGUGCCUGUGAGAAUAUCAAUGACUGCCUGUGUGCAGCAUUGGGAGCCUAUGCCCAUGAGUGUGCUGCUAAUGGUGUCAUCGUGAGAAACUGGAGAAGUAAAAUUUGCAAUGUAUCAUGCAGUAACUCUCAGGUUUACCAGGAUGACAUGAGAGCUUGUAACCGGACCUGCAGGUCACUGUCAGAGAAUGAUUAUACCUGCAAAAUUAAAGAUGUUCCAGUUUAUGGAUGUGGUUGUUCUGAACAGAAGUAUUUGGAUGAACAUGGAGUCUGUGUGGAACAGUCGAACUGCUUGUGCUAUUAUGAAGGAUGGCUUAUAGAAAAUGGUCAGAGUGUUAGGAAGAAUGGCACCCUCUGCAUUUGCCAAAAUGGACAUCUGCAUUGCAGGAAGAAACCAGACCCAGAACCUCCAGGAUGCAAGGGUGGUAAAGUAAUGUUUGACUGCACAAACGGAACGGCUUCUUCAUCUGAAGACUUGUGUAAAACGACAUGUCGAACUCUAAACAUUCCAUGCAAGAGUUCAUGUGUCCCUGGGUGUGCCUGCCCCCACGGUCUUGUUGAAGAUGACAAUAAAAACUGCAUUUCACCUGAAAAUUGCCCUUGUUUUUAUCAUGGUGAACUUUAUACUACCGGAAAAACAAUUCAAAAGGACUGCAAUAAAUGCACGUGCCAGGGCGGCUUGUGGAGCUGUACCAAUAAAAUGUGCCCAAGGACUUGCGAAGUUUAUGGUGAUGGCCACUAUAUAACCUUCGAUGGGAAAAGAUAUGUCUACGACGGAAAUUGUGAAUAUAUUUUUGUUGAGGAUCAAUGUAAUCGUCAAGAAGGCACUCUCCAAAUUCUCACAGAGAAUGUUCCCUGCUGUGAAAGAGGAAUGACAUGCUCGAGAAACACCAGAAUUUUACUUGAGGGUAAGGAAAUUAUUCUAACUGAUAACCGAGUGGUGACAACUGAGAAGUUUAUGAAUGAUACACAAUGUACAGUGAAUUCUUAUUCACUUCAUACUGUUGGACUCUAUUUGAUCCUUGCCUUUUCCAAUGGCAUCACUGUGAUAUGGGAUAAAAACACAAGACUUUCAAUCACACUGGACUCAAGAUGGAAAAAUAGAGUGUGUGGUCUAUGUGGGAACUUCAACGAUGAUGUCUCAGAUGAUAUGACAACAAAAGGGAAUUCCUUGGUGUCUAACGCGGUGGUUUUUGGAAACAGCUGGAAGUCCAUGACAUGCUCAGAUACAGUCAAUCAAACAUCACCGUGUGAGAGAAACCCAUAUUGUUCAGCAUGGUCAUUGAGGAAGUGUGACAUAAUUAAAAACAGCAUGUUUCAAUCAUGCCACAGCAAGGUUGACCCAACUCCAUAUCACAAAGCUUGUGUUGAGGAGGCUUGUGCCUGUGAUUUGGAAGGAAAAUACCUGGGAUUCUGUACUGCUGUAGCAAUGUAUGCAGAGGCUUGCAAUAAGGCGGGUGUGUGUGUUGACUGGAGAACGCCUGAUCGAUGUCCUGUGUACUGUGACUAUUUUAACACUCCUGGUGAUUGCAGCUGGCACUAUAAACCAUGUGGAACUUUAACAGCAAGAACAUGCUCCGACCAUGAAAUUAGAAAGAAGUUUUCAGCAGUUCUUGAAGGUUGUUAUGCACAAUGCCCUAAGGCUCGUCCUUACCUGGAUGAGAACACAAUGAAGUGUGUGAAGUUGUCUGAUUGUACUUGUUAUUAUAAUGGGGAAAUAUUGAAACCUGGUGAAGAAAGAAAUGACUGCAGAAAUUGUACCUGCAUUGAAGGAAAAAUAAUCUGUAAAGACAAUCCUACUACAACAACGGAAAUAUCAACAAUUGUGAGUCUUCCUCCCACAACAACUGAAGAGUCAACAGCCACAAGUCUUCCCACAACAACCAAGACAUCAACAGCCACAAGUCUUCCCACAACAACCAAGACAUUAACAGCCACAAGUCUUCCCACAACAACUGAAGAGUCAACAGCCACAAGUCUUCCCACAACAACCAAGACGUCAACAGCCACAAGUCUUCCCACAACAACUGAAGAGUCUACAGCCAAAAGUCUUCCCACAACAACCAAAGUAUCAACAGCCACAAGUCUUCCCACAACAACCAAGACGUCAACAGCCACACGUCUUCCCACAACAACUGAAGAGUCAACAGCCACAAGUCUUCCCACAACAACUGAAGAGUCUACAGCCAAAAGUCUUCCCACAACAACCAAAGUAUCAACAGCCACAAGUCUUCCCACAACAACCAAGACGUCAACAGCCACAAGUCUUCCCACAACAACUGAAGAGUCAACAGCCACAAGUCUUCCCACAACAACCAAGACGUCAACAGCCACAAGUCUUCCCACAACAACCAAGACGUCCACAGCCACAAGUCUUCCCACAACAACUGAAGAGUCUACAGCCACAAGUCUUCCCACAACAACCAAGACGUCAACAGCCACAAGUCUUCCCACAACAACUGAAGAGUCUACAGCCAAAAGUCUUCCCACAACAACCAAAGUAUCAACAGCCACAAGUCUUCCCACAACAACCAAGACGUCAACAGCCACACGUCUUCCCACAACAACUGAAGAGUCAACAGCCACAAGUCUUCCCACAACAACUGAAGAGUCUACAGCCAAAAGUCUUCCCACAACAACCAAAGUAUCAACAGCCACAAGUCUUCCCACAACAACCAAGACGUCAACAGCCACAAGUCUUCCCACAACAACUGAAGAGUCAACAGCCACAAGUCUUCCCACAACAACCAAGACGUCAACAGCCACAAGUCUUCCCACAACAACCAAGACGUCAACAGCCACAAGUCUUCCCACAACAACUGAAGAGUCUACAGCCAAAAGUCUUCCCACAACAACCAAGACAUCAACAGCCACAAGUCUUCCCACAACAACUGAAGAGUCAACAGCCACAAGUCUUCCCACAACAACCAAGACGUCAACAGCCACAAGUCUUCCCACAACAACUGAAGAGUCUACAGCCAAAAGUCUUCCCACAACAACCAAAGUAUCAACAGCCACAAGUCUUCCCACAACAACCAAGACGUCAACAGCCACAAGUCUUCCCACAACAACUGAAGAGUCAACAGCCACAAGUCUUCCCACAACAACCAAGACAUCAACAGCCACAAGUCUUCCCACAACAACUGAAGAGUCAACAGCCACAAGUCUUCCCACAACAACCAAGACGUCAACAGCCACAAGUCUUCCCACAACAACUGAAGAGUCAACAGCCACAAGUCUUCCCACAACAACCAAGACGUCAACAGCCACAAGUCUUCCCACAACAACUGAAGAGCCUACAGCCACAAGUCUUCCCACAACAACCAAGACGUCAACAGCCACAAGUCUUCCCACAACAACUGAAGAGUCAACAGCCACAAGUCUUCCCACAACAACCAAGACGUCAACAGCCACAAGUCUUCCCACAACAACCAAGACGUCAACAGCCACAAGUCUUCCCACAACAACCAAGAUGUCAACAGCCACAAGUCUUCCCACAACAACCAAAGUAUCAACAGCCACAAGUCUUCCCACAACAACCAAGACGUCAACAGCCACAAGUCUUCCCACAACAACUGAAGAGUCAACAGCCACAAGUCUUCCCACAACAACCAAGACGUCAACAGCCACGAGUCUUCCUACCACAACUGAAGAGUCAACAGCCACAAGUCUUCCCACAACAACCAAGACAUCAACAGCCACGAGUCUUCCUACCACAACUGAAGAGUCAACAGCCACAAGUCUUCCCACAACAACCAAGAUGUCAACAGCCACAAGUCUUCCCACAACCACUAAAGUAUCAACAGCCACAAGUCUUCCCACAACAACCAAGACGUCAACAGCCACGAGUCUUCCUCCCACAACAACUGAAGUGUCAACAGCCACAAGUCCCGCUACCACAACAACUGAAGAGUCAACAGCCACGAGUCUUCCCACAACAACCAAGAUGUCAACAGCCACAAGCCCUUUUACCACAACAACCAAAACGCCAACAUCCACAGAAGGAUGUUCAACAUGGUCAAAAUGGUAUAAUGAAAAUACGCCUAGUCUUCAAAUGAGAUCAGACACUGAAUUAUUGAAUCAAUUGCCUAAGCCAUUAUGUCCGUACCCUAAUUCUGAUAUUACUGAUAUUCAAUGUGAAGCUGUCAAAUUUCCUCAGAUUCCAAUAAGUGAGAUGCAGGAUAAUGUGACAUGUGAUAAAGAGAUAGGCCUUGUUUGUACCUAUAAUCCAGAGACAUCUAAAGAUUUGAUGUGUUUGGACUACAGGAUUAGAGUUUGCUGUGUUCCUUAUACACCAAGUCCCAGCAGUGCAGCACUCACAACAGUCAUGACCACAAACAACACAGUCCCAACAACACCAAGCACCACCUCCCUCCAAACAUCUGAACCAAGCUCCGUCACCUUGACUCCAACCACCAUCACAACCACCCUCCUGACAACACAAUCUACCUCCACAGUAGCCACCUCCAUCCUGACUACAGUAAACAACACCCUCCCAACUACACUGACCACCUCUGCCCCACAAACGUGUGUAGCAGAUUCUAAACCUACAUGUCAGAAGUCUUGGAUAAUUCUCAGUGAAAACGGCUGUGAGAAGUGGGAUUGUUAUUGUGAAUGUUUAAUUUGGGGAGAUCCUCAUUAUCUCACAUUUGGUGGCACACAGUACAAUUUCUUUGAGAACUGUACUUACAUCCUUGUGGAAGAACGGGUGCCAAAAUACAAUUUUUCCAUACUAGUCGAUAAUUAUUUUUGUUUUCCUGGCAUCGACUUAUCUUGUGCAAGACAGUUGACCAUCCUUUAUAAUGCAAAUUCUGUAAUUAUCCAGACUAAUGACAAGAGACGUAUAACUUUUGAUGAUAAAGUUGUGACUGCUCCCUACAGUUCAAAUGGAAUUAACAUACAAUCAGAAAAUGAAAGAAUAUAUAUUGCUAUUCCUGACAUCCUUGUGAACAUAAUGGCCUCCGGAAAUACCUUUCAAAUUAGAUUAUCACAAAAAUACUUCCUGAAUAAUACUCAAGGACAGUGUGGCUCUUGCUUGGAUAAUGCAGUGGACGAGUGCAGGAGGAGGAGAGGGGAAAUAAUGCCCACAGACUGCUGCCACAUUACUGCAAAUGACUGGAAGGUUUCUGAUCCGAAUAAGCCAUACUGUGAAUCAGCUCCUAUGGAUUUGCCUUGUACUCCUCCUCCAAUUCCCCCUCCGCCUUGCGAACCAAAAUUCCCACUUUGCAACUUACUUUUAGAAAAACCAUUUGAAAAAUGCAGAAAUCUUAUUCCCCAGGAAGUUUACCAGUAUUACAACUCUUGUCUCUUUGACCAAUGCAACACAAAUGCUACAAAAAUUGCCUGUGCCAGCUUACAAGCUUGUGCCCUGGCUUGUAGAAGCAUAAGCAUAUGUGUUGACUGGAGAACAUUAACAAAUGGCUAUUGUAAAUACAGCUGCCCAAAUUGGAUGGUUUACGAGCCUUGUGCAAGUCAGGACAAUAAUGACUUUGAAAACAACAAGCUGACACGUAACCUGAAAUUAUCCCCCCUGUCAGAAGGUUGUGUUUGUCCAAAUGGAACGAUUCUUUCUGAAAACAGGACUGCAUGCAUUCAAUCGAGUUGCACAGACAGUUCAGGAAAUAGAAGAUAUGAAGGAGAAAUAUGGAGAAAUUCCCCUGAUGAAUGCAUCUUCCAGAAAUGCAUUAAAUCUCAAACAAGAACAAUUUGGGAUCGAGUUCACUGCUGCAACUCAUGUUUAUUGAAAGAAGACGCUUGUCAGUUGUUGGUUUAUUCCAAAAAUGUCACACAGACAAAAUCAGGCUGCUUGGCAGAAAUUCAGUUGGCAAAAUGUCAAGGUAGCUGCCCUGGAAAGGUUGAAUUUGACACUGAUACUAAAAGCAUGAUAAACGAAUGUAGUUGUUGCCAAGCUACCAGGACUGAAAAUAGGACAGUGAAUCUCGAUUGUGGAAAAGGAGUCAGCAUGCCCUACAACUAUACUUACAUAGCAGCUUGCAAGUGCAACAGUAACAACUGUGAUAAAAAUACACUAGCUUAAUUGAGCUCAAUUCCUACCAUCUGUUGAUCCUCUAAUAUAAAAUUGCAACCAAUCUGCAGUUAACUUUAAAUGAUUUUCUUGAUAUAGCUUUGGCUGGUAAACCCUUUUUAAAAAAUAAGGUACUUCCACCUGAUCUUAUAAAGAAUCGUGGGAUCUAUGCAAUUAUUUUGUUAAGAUGAUACAUCACUGACAGUUACUAAAAUCAAUAAAUGCACGGAAAGAAA